GUGCAUUUUAUCUGGUGUUUGAAUAUAUGGACCAUGAUUUGAUGGGACUACUGGAAUCAGGCUUGGUUCAUUUUAAUGAAAAUCACAUAAAGUCAUUUAUGAGACAGCUCAUGGAAGGUCUGGAUUAUUGUCACAAGAAGAACUUCUUGCAUAGAGAUAUUAAAUGUUCGAAUAUCCUUCUGAAUAAUAGAGGGCAGAUAAAACUUGCGGAUUUUGGACUUGCUCGAUUAUAUAGCUCAGAAGAAAGUCGCCCAUAUACUAACAAGGUCAUCACUUUAUGGUACCGUCCACCUGAACUGCUAUUGGGAGAAGAACGCUAUACACCAGCUAUUGAUGUAUGGAGCUGUGGAUGUAUUCUUGGUGAACUGUUCACUAAAAAACCUAUAUUUCAAGCAAAUCAGGAACUUGCACAACUAGAAUUAAUAAGUCGUAUAUGUGGGAGUCCAUGUCCUGCAGUGUGGCCUGAUGUAAUCAAACUACCAUAUUUCAACACCAUGAAACCAAAGAAGCAAUAUCGCCGAAAGUUAAGAGAAGAAUUUAUUUUUAUUCCUGCAGCUGCACUAGACUUAUUUGAUUACAUGCUCGCCUUGGAUCCUAGUAAGCGCUGCACUGCUGAACAGGCUCUUCAGUGCGAGUUCCUACGAGAUGUAGAACCCUCAAAAAUGCCUCCACCAGACCUUCCUUUAUGGCAAGAUUGUCAUGAGUUAUGGAGUAAAAAGCGAAGACGACAGAAGCAGAUGGGCAUGACUGAUGAUGUUUCCACAAUUAAAGCCCCCAGAAAGGACUUGUCUCUGGGCUUGGACGACAGCAGAACCAGUACACCCCAGGGUGUCCUGCCAUCUUCACAGCUGAAAUCUCAGGGAAACUCAGUUGUAGCACCUGUAAAAACAGGCCCUGGACAGCAGUUAAACCACAGUGAAUUGGCAAUUCUACUAAACCUACUACAGUCUAAAACAAGUGUUAAUAUGGCUGAUUUUGUCCAAGUGUUGAACAUUAAGGUAAACUCUGAGACUCAACAGCAGCUAAAUAAAAUAAACCUUCCUGCUGGAAUUUUGGCAACAGGUGAAAAACAGACAGAUCCAUCAACACCACAACAGGAGUCUUCGAAACCAUUGGGAGGAAUUCAGCCUUCUCAGACCAUCCAGCCUAAAGUGGAGACUGAUGCUGCCCAGGCGGCUGUGCAGAGCGCAUUUGCAGUUCUGUUGACUCAGUUAAUAAAGGCUCAGCAGUCAAAGCAGAAGGAUGUGCUACUAGAAGAGAGGGAAAAUGGAUCGGGACUUGAAGCGUCAUUACAACUCAGGCCACCUCCAGAACCUAGCACUCCGGUAUCGGGGCAAGAUGACCUCAUCCAGCACCAAGAUAUGAGGAUAUUGGAGCUAACACCCGAAUCAGACCGGCCUCGGAUUCUGCCUCCUGAUCAGCGACCUCCUGAACCUCCUGAACCACCACCAGUCACUGAGGAAGACCUAGACUAUCGGACAGAAAACCAGCAUGGACCCACCACUAGUUCUUCGUUAACUGACCCUCAUGCCGGAGUGAAAGCAGCCCUAUUACAGCUGCUUGCUCAGCAUCAGCCCCAGGAUGAUUCCAAAAGAGAAGGUGGUAUUGAUUAUCAAGCAGGAGACACUUAUUUGCCCGCUUCAGACUACAAAGACAACUUUGGAUCCUCUUCUUUCUCUUCUGCUCCUUAUGUUAGCAACGAUGGUCUAGGAAGUAGCUCUGCUCCACCAUUGGAACGACGUAGCUUCAUUGGAAAUUCAGAUAUUCAGUCUUUGGAUAACUACAGUACUGCUUCAUCUCAUUCUGGUGGUCCACCUCAGCCUUCUGCCUUUUCUGAGUCAUUUCCUAGUUCAGUAGCUGGAUAUGGAGACAUUUACCUCAAUGCUGGUCCCAUGUUGUUUAGUGGAGACAAGGACCAUAGAUUUGAAUAUAGCCAUGGUCCUAUUGCAGUCCUGGCAAACAGCAGUGACCCUUCCACAGGGCCAGAGAGUACUCAUCCUUUGCCAGCAAAGAUGCAUAACUAUAACUAUGGUGGUAACUUACAGGAAAACCCGGGUGGCCCUGGCCUCAUGCACGGGCAGACCUGGACUUCUCCUGCCCAAGGACCUGGAUAUUCACAAGGAUACAGGGGACACAUUAGCACAUCAACUGGCAGAGGUCGAGGCAGAGGGUUACCAUAUUGAGUAUGUAUUUCCUCAGGCACAUCAUUUUUAUCUGGAAAGACUUUUCUAGCUGCAGUUUAAGGCAGUAAUCCAAGAGACUUGAAUAAUAUUAAUUCAACAACAGCUUUAUUUUUAUGUGGAGAAGGGUCUUGCAUACAAUUGUUUUAAGAAAAAGACAAAAAAACCUUUGCUUAAAUUCAUGCUGUUCUAAAAACUAGAUCUGUUGAUUGUACAUCUUCACAAAUUCUAGUUAACAAUUUUAUUUUGUAUUCUCGCAGUUUUAAGUGGAUGCUAAUCUUAGGGACAUAAGCCUUUUAUGGCCCUCUUGCUGAUCUUCUGAACUAUGCACAUUUGUGCUUUUUUGUAAGUUUGGACCAAUUUUUAUGUAACAAACAGCCCCUCCCAGCCUCCCCUCCAGUUUUACAGCAAUCAGAAAGGGCACUGAUUUAUUUGGUAUUUUUCUUUUUACAAAGCUACCUUUAGUCAGAGGUCACUGUCAGUCUUUGCACCUGCUUUCAGUGUUAUUGUGAAAGGUGUACUUUGUGCUCAUUUCAGAAAAUAAAACACAACCUUUCUCUUGAUGCAAGUUUUAUAAAAAAAAAAAAAUGGUCAACGUUAUUUUUGUUUUGUUUUGCAGAUUAUCAUAGCCUAGCAAAAUGCAUUCAAAUGACAGUGGGUUUUAUAUGAAAAAUAUGGGUGGGUUGGGGAGGGUAAGUAAGUGCCUUAACAGGUAGGCUUAAGGUCUGAAGAAGUAGUUAACCUUUACACCCAUUUGUCUUUUAAAGGGAAUCGGUGCAUUGGAGAGGCAGGAAGCUCUCACGUUGUCAGGAGCUGCCUGUUCAGUUCCUGUUAGGUUCAUUCCCCCUGCCUGUCCCACUUUCCCCUUUUCUGCCUGUCUUUGAGCUGUGUUACCUUUCACUACCACCUUCUCUUGAUAGGGGAGUGAGAGCAAAGAGGGAGUAGAACUGCAAUCAGCACCUUUUGUUACUUCUGAGAAGUUCUAAAAAGUUUUGUCUUUUAAUGGUUGAAAGUAAUAGCUACUUGAGAAUUCUAGAGUACCAAUUUCUUUCAGGCUGCCUUAUUGUUUCUGUUUCCAUUUUCCAUGGAUAAUUGGAGGGCAGUAGUAUAGAAGCUAGGGUUAAUCACAGAAUUGGCAUAAUCUAUUAAAGUUCACUGUGGGGAGGGGUGGCAAACACCGUAUUUGAUGAUACGUAAUGCCAUUUUAAGAAAAGUCAACUCUAUUCACUGUACUUGUUAACUAGAAACAUUGCCUACAUUGAAUUUAUUGAAGCAAAAGGAAAAAAGGGAGAGAGAACCUCUUACCUUCCUUCCUCUCACCUUCUGUAAAGUUUAUUAUGAUUUCUGCCAGUCUUAGAGCAACUUUAGUUUAACAUUUUUUUCUUUAAUUGAAAGCAACAAAGAGUGAUGGGGUAACUCUUAUUUAAAUUGUAAUGGUGUCAAGUCUCACUAACUUUGGGUGCACACUCAGUCACACACACACAAUUAUAAUAAUCCUAGAAAGGAACCAAAGGUAAAUAACCAGUGUUUCUAUUAUCACUAAAUGGAAAAACAGACUCUGGAAAUUAGAGUUGUGCCAAUUAAUCAUUUUGUUUUAACUGCUUUAUUUUUUUAUCGGAGUCUUAAAUUGCAACAACUGUUACAGAGUGGAAAUUGCUCCAGUUCUAAAGCCACUUAACCCUGUGCCCUCUAUCUGACUUGUGAACCUUCAUUUCAAAACAGUAUGUGGGAAGCAUUAGUUUGGUGACAGUAAGAAUAUUUUAAAGAAGGUAAUUUGCCAUUUUACUACUAUAAAAUGAGUUUAUAUCAGUUGACCAUUUUAUUUUUGAUGGAAUUUUUGUCGUUGGGGAGAAAAAGAUGAAAGAAAAAUUAUUUUGCAUUUAUUUGAAUAUUGAGUACUAACAACUUAUAAUAAAACUACAUUGCAGGAAGUGAAGAAAUAUUUUGAAAUUUAGCAAAAUAGCUACAGUAUUCAAAUAUCUGAACUUUUAAUAUGGUGAGUCUUAGAGCUUUAGACGUUCCUGUAAGUGACAAUAUCUAAGUUAUUCUUAAUAGUCACACUUGAUAAUUCUGCUGACCAUAAGCAGCUAACCUAAAAUUGAAGAUAUUUAUGUGACAUGAAUAGCCUGUGUUUUAAAAAUUAAAUAUUUUAUAUAAAAUUGAA